AUGAAGACACAUAAUAAGUCAAUUGUGUAUAGUGGAGUUACAACGUAUUGUUCUUCAUACCAUUUCACUGAUGACCCAAGAGUUAGUAAAAGAAUUCCAGAGACAUUAGUUGCUCAAAUUGGUAAUUUAAGUACUAGAGAAGAAACUUAUUUCUUUGUUCAAACACAAACAUGUAAUAUGUUAUAUCACUUUAUACCAAUGGAACAAAGUGAUAUAACAUAUAUUCUUAUUUCACCACAAAAAGAGAAUGAAACAGAAAUGAAAUAUCUUAUUACAUUAUCACGUAAAAUGAUUCAAAUAAAUGGAAUGAGUGAUGUUAAUAUGAAAAAUAUUUCAACUCGUAGAAAUACAUUAGAAAAUUUUUAUCAAUUAUAUGACCAUACUCCAAUGUACUUAAGAGUUCCAACAUUAAUUCCUACAUUUAAAAAUAUAAUUUCUAAUUACAUUUUACCUAAUACUUUUACUGAUGGAGUAAAACAAUUAGAUGGAUUUGGUCUUGUUGUUGGUGGAUAUUUUAGACCUUUUACUUCAAUGAAAAAUCAACUUUCUAUAGAAGAAAAUAUAUGUUUAACAGUAUGGUCAAAUACAUUAGUUAAAACAUAUUUAGCUGAUUCAGAAAUUAGAGAGGAUGAAUAUUUAGGAAAUGAAUUUCAAUUUGAAGAAAAAACAGAUGGUCUUAAAGCACCACCAGUAAGUGUUGAAGAUUGUAACAAACAACUUGUUAUUAACCCAGUUGAAUUUAAAAUAAGUACAAAUACUAGUGAUUGGAUUUUAGCUGUUCAAAAGAUAACAAAUAAUAUGUUAGUUAUUGGGUUCUUAAAAAAAGGAGAAAUAUUAAUCCAAGAUUUUAAAGAAACAGUAAAAAAAAUUUAUCCAGUGUUAAUGAUGUUUAGAAGUGAAUUAACAUUACCCUCAAUGUCAAUGAUACAUCCUUUUAAUUAUAGAACAGCAUAUCCAGGAAUGGUUCAUUUUAUUGUUAUUGAUCAUUUUAGAAAUCAAACAUUUUAUCCAUCAUUUGAUCCACCUGAAUUAGAAAUUCAAUUAAAGAAAUUUAUUAUUGACUGUAGAGAAUCAAAUGAAUUUAAAAUUCUUUAUACAAGAAAUCAAAAAUAUAUAUUUGCUUUUGAAAAAACUUAUCGUUCAGAUCAAAGAAAAGAAACAAAAAUCGAAUUUGAAGUAUAUGCAGUCUUUGUUAAACCAGUUCCUUAUUCAUUGGUUCAUGACUAUACUUCAUCUGCUUUAAAGAAUUAUAAAGAUAUUUAUUUAAAGUGA